AUGGCCGACAAAUUACAUGAAUAUUUUAAACGCAAUUCUUCUGAAUGGUGUAUUACAGGUUUUCUUAACGAAUGUAAGAUAGAGCCUUUUGAGCGUAAGAUAAACCAGUACCUAAGAUGUCUUGAUAAAAUUGUUGACGAGAAAGACAAGAGGAAGGAAAGAGCAAAGGUAUUACUUAGAGCAUACAGAGAGGCAAGCCAUUCGCCGAUUCAAAGGCCAUUCGCCGAGCCACAAAACCAAUGCUGGAGCACAGGUGACCCACUCGGUUGUCUGAUGUUAAAAGGCCACUCGCCGAGCUGGCAUUGGACCACUAGGGUACAGGAUCCUCAAACAGAUCGAAAAAAAGCGAGAAAGUGGGAAAAGGAACGUUUGCGCAAGCAGGUGAUAGUGAACCAGCCGAAAAUUACGGACAUCAACGGAAAUAUGAUUGGAAAUAUGGGGACGAUAACUGGUGGAUCGUUAGUUGUUGGAUCAAAAAGAGAAGUGGAAGAGGAUUUGAAUAACAAGAUCGACAACUUCUUUCAAAGUCCUUCCGUACGACAAUCAUCCAAUUUGUUUGGGGAAGUAGAACAAGACAUUUCCAACGAAACAGACAACGAGAAGGACGAGAUUAUUUAUCGGACAGAAAAACAUAGGCGAGAUGAGUCUCCUUAUUGCCUUAAUUGUGACGCAAAGAUUAAUAUCUCUAUCUUUAGAUUUUGUCCAUUCUGCGGAACUAAUAUUGUAUCGUCUGAAGAUGAACCAUCACUUGAUUAUGAUGAUGCGGGUGAGGAAAAUGAUACAAGUGAUAGGGACGAAGAAGAUGAUACUCCCCCAAAAGUCGAUAAGGUUGCCUAUCGCUUGGCUUAUGAUGCUAUCCCAGACACUUCGAAGUUGCGGUUGAGCACAGGCAAAAUAGUGGAGGAUGUUCUCUUCGAAUUUGCCAAGGAGAUGGACUAUGAACAUCAUGCCCAUUCAUACAUUGUUGACUUUGACGAUGAGGAUAUCAAAGCGUUAUUUGACGAGGAGGAGUGGAAAGAAUUAACAAAAGAUCCAAUAGGGAUUCCACCAGUUCCACAUGAGAUUGCAAAAGAGCUAACGAAGUACGGAAAAAAUACUUUAAAGGAGUUACGUGCCGUAGUAAUGGCGCCAUACCUUAAAGAGAAGGAAGAAUAUGAUGUUAACAAACAUUACGAACAAGAAUGGAUCCAAAUGGCCUUGCGAACACUUUGCAACCUGUAUGAAAAUGUGGUUGCUCCAUUAAUUAGGAGCCAAUAUGAAGAUUGGUUCACGGUCGCGCUUUUUGGAACGUGCAUUGAUUUCUGUAUUAGGGACAUCCAACUAGGCACCGACAUUAAAAGAACCGAUGCGCCAUCACUGAGUAGUGCAAACAGGAAGAACCGAUGUCGAAAAGCAAAUACACGUACAAGAAAGCUCACCGGUCGCAAAAUUGACGGGAUAAUAUAUACCGUUGACAAACUUUUUGAAGUUGGAGCCAUCGAAGGAGCAAGAUCCUAUUCAGGUGCUUCAGACCAGAAGUAUCUUCUCGAGACAUUCAAGAUGCCGAAGACUCUUCGCGACAUGUAUGCUGAUCUAAUGAGGGCCGUAGAUUAUGAUGAUAAGAAAGCAAAUAAAAUUCAAGUAAUUGGCAUUUUACAUCUUGGGUUAUGGAUUCAAUUUGCUAGGUUAUGGCGUGCUGGUGGGUCGAUUUGCAUUUUUCGCAAGGAUCCUCUAUCUCAUAAUGUAGAUAGCAAGUUUUCAGAAAUGGGAGUAAGAUCCUUUCUCAAGCUCCUAGUAUCAAUUUAUCAGCAUAAGGUCAGAAAAAAUUUUUUAUUCUUUUGGUUAUUGUUCCAUUUCACUUCAGCUUCCUAUUCAUUGUGUUUCGUUUUCACAGAUUAUCAUAAAGGACAACCUGCAAGUCCUGAACAUUCGGAGCAGUAUUAA